AUGCUGUCGCGCAUGGAAGGACUACGGGGGUUUUUAGGGAUUGGAGGUAUGUUCCUCUUCGAGUUGUUCUGUCUUGUUUUUAUCUCGUUUCUGUCAGUAGAGGCGGAACUGACCUUAUGGGAUGUGUAUAGGACGACAAAGGCAGCGGUCACCGGGUUCCCCUCCGCGUGUCAUGGGAGAUUCGACACUGAGUACGAAGCGAGGCGUUUUAUCGAGGAAUGGAAAGAUGCGUACGCGGAUAUAUGGCGACUGGCAAUCAGACAAGGAUUGGAUGAGAAAUGGAGACCAGAGGAUUUGAAGGUGGACCUCGAGAAGGUUCUGAAUAGAGUUGAUGAUGGGAGGGUCAAGGAUGAGGACGAAGAAAGUAUUUGUUCGCAAUUCGAAGACUUGGAGUUGGAUAGAAGAAGGAGGGAUUCGGGAGUGAGAAGUAGAUCUUUGGUCUAG